GUCGACGGGCGCGGCGCGGGUCGUCGUCCUCUGCGUCGCCUGUGUCGACUAUGGCCUUCUCUCUGCGCCUACGCCUGCGCCCGCGGCUACCCGCGCACACGAGCUGCUCCGUCCGGCCGUCGCGCCCCUCGAGCCGCACUGCCUCGUCCCGGGCGGCGCAGGAGCUGAAGAGCAAUGCGGCGCUGCCAUCGUCGCCGGCGCGCACGCGGUUUGCGCCCUCGCCGACCGGAUACCUCCACCUGGGCUCGCUGCGCACGGCGCUCUUCAACUACCUGCUCGCCAAGAGCACCGGCGGCCAGUUCCUGCUGCGCAUCGAAGACACGGACCAGAAGCGCACCGUGGCCGACGCCGAGCAGCGCCUCUUGCAGGACCUGCGCUGGGCCGGCCUGCAGUGGGACGAGGGCCCCGAGGUGGGCGGGCCGUGCGGGCCGUACAAGCAGUCGGAGCGCAGCGCCAUCUACCGCGCGCACGCCCAGCAGCUGCUGGACACGGGGCACGCCUACCGCUGCUUCUGCUCGCCCGACCGCCUGCACGCCCUCGCCGAGCACCGCCACCGCCUGGGCCUGGCCACCGACUACGACCGUACCUGCGCCUCCGUCCCCCGCGCCGAGUCCGACGACCGCGCCCACCGCCGCGAGCCCCACGUCGUGCGCCUCAAGGUCCCCGACCAGUACCCCGCGUACAAGGACCUCAUAUACGGCACCUUCAAGCCCCUGAAGCGCCGCGGCCAUGUCACCGAGACGUCCUACGAAGACCCCAUCCUGCUCAAGAGCGACGGCCUGCCGACCUACCACCUCGCCAAUGUCGUCGACGACCACCUUAUGAACAUCACCCACGUCAUCCGCGGCUCCGAGUGGAUGCCCAGCACCCCGAAGCACAUCGCCAUGUACGCUGCGUUUGGCUGGACGCCGCCCGCCUUCGCCCACGUCGGCCUGCUGGUCGACGAGAGCGGCAACAAGCUGUCCAAGCGCAACUUCGACACAGACAUCACCGCCUUCAAGGACAUGGAGAUCUUUUCGGAGACGCUGACCAACUUCGCCGCGCUGCUGGGCUGGAGCCACAAGGAGAGGACCGAUGUGCUGACGCUGCAGCAGCUCGCCGACUCGUUCUCGCUCAAGUUCACCAAGGGCAACACCACCGUCACCUUCGGCAAGCUGCACUUCCUGCAGCGCAAGCACGCCGCCCUGCGUGCAGCCGCCGGCGGCAAGCCCCUGCAGGACAUCGUCACCAACGUGGUCGCGCUGCUCACCAGCCCAGACAGCCCCUACAACCCCGCCGACUGGCGCCCCAUUACAGGCCCCACCCCGGAUGCGUACGUUGAGCAAAUUGUCCGCGCCGACGCCGACAACUUCACAAACGCAAACGAGUUCCUGUACCGCAACGCCUUCUUCUUCGCCCCACUGCGGCCCGCCACCACGGCCUCGCUGACCGCCGACUCCCCCGCCGACGUCGUGCAGCGCUGCGGCAUGCUCGCCGACGUCGACGUGUGGGACCGCGAGGCGCUUAUGCAGAAAGUACGGGAUAUCAUCGAUGGGAGGCCCGAGGGCAAGGCGGGCGCCAAGGAUGUGUACCACUACCUGCGGCUGGCGCUGACGGGGCAGGAGAAGGGCAUCAGGCUGUACGAUGUCAUGCUGAUUCUGGGCCGGGAGGAGACGCUGGCUAGGCUGGGCAUGGACAAGGCAGCGCAGUGAGGGUGUCUGCAGGAUGUGUACAGCGAGUGUAUAGAUAGCACAGGAAUACGACGAGAAGAUGGCAGAGUGUAGGAAUAUGACGAGAAGAGGCACGAGUGUAGGAAUACGAUGAGAAGAUAGCACACUGUAGGAAUACGAUGAGAUGCGAGCAAA